UUUCGCUGCAAAUUAAGCCAAGCAAAACCACUGGCGCUCAGUACUAGCUACUGCCCGAAAGAAAAGAAGAAGCUCGAGUUCCGGUGGUGUCGAUCAUAGCAAGGCUUGCUGCUGCCACCUCUAGACCUUUAGCUAGCUAGCUAGCUUAGGUCGAUCAAGCGCGCGCAUCGUAUUGGCCGAUGGGUAAGCUUUUAAACUCCGCCGACGACCUCGACCGCUUCGACCUCCAUGGGCCGAAGGAUCUGAUGGACCUCGACGAGAUUGACUGGGCCAAGGAGGAGCACCGCCGCCGCAUCGCCGCCUGCCUCGUCAAAGGCGUUUACGUCCACGAGAACGACAGAGCGGAGCGCAGGGCGGUUAAGCUGGCGCCGGCGUGGUGGGAAAGCUUUGGCUUCCACCUAAAGAAAGAACUCAGAGAGCCGAUAUACUCCGCCAUCGUCGGUGUUGUAUUCGACACCAUCUACGGUGCCAUCUUCGAGUACAGCCCCAGCGCGCCCGGCGACCGGUGCGCUCCACGGUAUGUCGUCGCCUUCAGGGGCACAAAGCCGGGGAGUAUUCGAGACUACUACCUUGACUUGAAAAUAGUGAUCAACAAACUGAAGAAACGCACGCGCUGCGUGCAAGCGUGCGCUACGAUCGAGGGACUUAUGAUGGAGGAGGGCCAAGACAGCUGCAUCUGGCUCGCCGGGCACUCUCUCGGAGCGGCUGUGGCGCUGGUCGUGGGACGGUACAUGAUGGUGCAGGAGAAGCCGCCCAACCUCCCGACCUUCCUCUUCAAUCCACCGCACGUCUCAUUUAUAACGUCGAUCAACUUGCUGAAGCUGGACCCGGUGGCGAAGGAGAGCGUGCACCGGGUGGGUAACAUCUUAAGGGAGGGUGCUGCAAAGGUCUUGCGCUCCCAUCGGGAGCGCAUGGACAACUUGUUCCAGCGGCUUUCCCCUUGGGUGCCGAAUCUGUACGUGCACGAGAAGGACCCCAUCUGCCAGGGCUUCAUCGACUACUUCGAGCAGCGGCAGAAGUUCAUGGAAGGCUCCCACCGUGUUGGCACAACGUUCGCGGCAUUCUCUCUCCGUGACGGGUUCUGGCACCUGAUUGACAAGGACAAGGACCGGCCGCAACUCCUGCCAUCGGCGAAGCUGUGGAAAAGCUGUCUCGACCACGAUCCGCACGGUCUCAGCAGUGGUGGAAACAGGACAGCGAGCUCCGCCGCUUGGAGGCCAAGCAUUAUAGCUACCCUGUGCCUCAAGCACAAACUGCUUCUACCUCUAUGCCGGCUAAGCUGUUGCUCCUGGUCGAAGUCAGUUUAUCUCUUAUUUUUUUCGAAUAAAUGAAGUUCGUCAUCGUAA